CUGGCGGGGGCCGGCUGCCGGCUCCGGCUGGAGGAGGAUGGUUUCACCCGGGACUCUUCCGGAGCACUAGCACGGGCGCUUCUGCCGGGGACAGGGGUCUGCAGCGCUCAUCUGAUGCAAUGGUGGGAUUUGUUGCUCAUCUGGUGGCACCGCAGCACUGCAACAUCAGUUGUAUCCGCUGCAAUUAAGUUUGCAGGGUCUGGACAUGGGAGGAUUGAGCAUGUCCGUGUAACUGUGCGUGCUCUUCAGCAUUUCUUCUGACCACAUCUUCCUCGCUCGUGUACAUUUUGUUAGUUCUCGCUUUCGAAUAGCAAGUACACAAGCCCUCAGCAUUCAUACCAUUCAUCUUUGAGAACUAGCUGGAAAGACCAUGCAUCGGUUUGUCUUGGUUGCCAAGCAAACUGCGGCAAGCCUGGGCUGCAAAGGGCCGGGGGGCUGCCGGAGCGGAAGGAGGGAGGUCACAGCGCGCUGGAGCAGCGCUGCCAAGGCCUCUGCGGUGAAGAUCAGCGAGAAGGCGAGCAGGGAGAAGAUCCUGACACUGGAGUCCAUGAACCCGCAAGUGAAGGCGGUGGAAUAUGCAGUGCGGGGCCCCAUCGUUCUCAAGGCCGGGGAGAUCGAGAAGGAGCUGAGGAAGGGAAUCAAAAAACCUUUUACUGAAGUAAUUAAAGCCAACAUUGGAGAUGCACAUGCAAUGGGACAGAGGCCCAUCACCUUCCUUCGUCAGGUAGUGGCACUGUGUACAUACCCAAACCUGUUGGACAGCCCAAGUUUUCCAGAAGAUGCCAAAAAGCGAGCAAGACGGAUCUUGCAGGGCUGUGGAGGAAACAGCUUAGGAUCUUACAGUGCCAGUCAAGGCAUAAAUUGCAUCCGUGAAGAUGUUGCUUCAUAUAUUGAAAGAAGAGAUGGAGGAGUUCCUGCAGAUCCAGAUAAUAUAUAUCUUACCACUGGAGCAAGUGAUGGCAUUGCUACAAUUUUAAAGAUCCUGGUCUCAGGAGGUGGGAAAUCCCGAACAGGAGUGAUGAUACCUAUACCACAAUACCCCUUAUAUUCAGCAGCCAUAUCUGAACUAGAUGCUAUCCAGGUGAACUACUACUUGGAUGAAGAAAAUUGCUGGGCACUAGAUGUGAAUGAACUUCGCCGUUCCUUGAAUGAAGCUAAGGCAUACUGCAAUCCAAAAGUCCUCUGCAUAAUCAAUCCAGGAAAUCCCACAGGACAGGUGCAAAACAGAAAGUGCAUUGAAGAUGUGAUACACUUUGCUUGGGAAGAAAAACUUUUUCUUCUGGCUGAUGAGGUUUACCAGGACAAUGUAUACUCUGAAGGAUGCCAGUUUCAUUCUUUCAAAAAGAUUCUGUAUGAGAUGGGGCCUGAAUACUACAACAAUGUUGAGCUAGCUUCUUUUCACUCCACCUCCAAGGGAUACAUGGGCGAAUGCGGCUACAGAGGAGGUUAUAUGGAGGUCAUUAAUUUGCAUCCAGAAAUUAAAGGACAGCUUGUUAAGCUUCUUUCUGUUCGUCUUUGUCCUCCAGUCUCAGGACAAGCAGCAAUGGAUAUUGUAGUGAAUCCUCCAGUACCUGGAGAAGAAUCUUACUCACAGUUCAUAAAGGAAAAGGAGUCUGUUUUGAACAAUCUUGCCAAAAAGGCCAAACUAACAGAAGACAUGUUUAACAAGGUACCAGGCAUUCACUGCAAUCCACUUCAAGGAGCUAUGUAUGCUUUCCCACGGAUCUUCAUUCCUUCCAAAGCCAUUGAGGAAGCAAAGGCUCAUAAAAUGGCACCUGACAUGUUCUACUGCAUGAAACUUCUAGAAGAGACUGGAAUCUGUGUUGUACCUGGAAGUGGAUUUGGCCAAAGGGAAGGAAGCUACCAUUUCAGAAUGACCAUUCUUCCUCCAGUAGAGAAGCUGAAGAUCUUACUGGAGAAAGUGAAAGACUUCCACAUACAGUUUCUUGAAAAAUAUGCAUGAAAUAGCUGUGGCUUUUUCCUCCCAUCCCCUUCCCUUGAAGGCGAAUGCAGAAAAUGAAAAAAGAAGUGCUGAGAAUGUGCUGUUCAUCUAAUUUUACUAAAUCCAAAAUAGAUAGAACCUAUCUCAGAUACUGCUACGACUUACUGGACAAUUAAGUUUAAUGUCUGAUAUAGAAGACAUUGUUACACCUUUUUUUUUUUUUUUUUUUUUAAGAGGGAGGGGAAAACGUGAAGAAAGUGGUAAAAGAGUCAGUAAAUGAUUUUGUGCCUUGAUUGGAAGUUUCACUCUUGAACUUCUGGCUCAAUACAUUGGGGAAGGAAGCUGCUUACGAAAAUUACUACUGUUGCUGUCUUUUAGGAAACAGAAAUGCUGAGAGCAAUUGUUUAGCUAGGAACAUGUUUGCCAGCUUAAAAUUCUACUAUACAAAAAUUCAAAGGCCUAGGUAUUGUUUGGUUUCCUUUUUGUUUUUUCUUUUCAUUAAGUAUGUAGUGUUUUCCAAAUCUGGUAACACAUGUAGGUACAGUACGCAUGCUUAUUAAAAAAAGAAAUCUUUGCAAGAUGUGUUUCAGUACCUUUGAACUUCUAUUAAAAAAAAAAGUCCUGCCGUCACAGCAUAAUCUGAGCACAAUACAGAGUUUUGAUUGGAGAAGGAGCGAACACUAUGUCUUCUUGAACUCUAUUUUUAUGGAAUUGAAAAAUAAAGAGAAACUCUAGUUCUUCUUAUUCCUAUGCUAUUCAAUGCAGAUUCUGCCAGCAUAAGACGAGAGCAGUGAAUACUUUUUAAUAACUCUAUUUGGCAAAUAAAAAAGCCAGUGAGUCUCCUGUUUAUUCACAUAUUUUGCAUAUAUAGAACCUAAUAAGCUACUAAUCUCAAAGCAGAUAUGAGUAUUGUCGAUCCUUUCAAAUAGAGUCAAAUAAAAUACUACUUCAAAUUCACUUUAUCAAUGGAGAGCAUUUGUUCAGAACCACAUGAUUAGAAGACAUGGCUGGCUUGAAUCCAACUUGAAUUGGCAACAGCUAACAAAUGUUAUCAGAAGAAAUGCAGGGAGAGGUUUUGUAUGAAGAAAAAGAUGUAUUUAAAAUGCAAGUGUCUUGCACUUAGCAUAAAGUUGACAAUAAUGCAUCUUACUCUUAAAUUUUCCACAGUCAUAUUGCUGGCUGAAUAGUCUGAGAACCAGCUUCCUAUUUAAGAAUACAGCUAUGUUACUCUACUAUCUGUGUUAGUUUCCCUGCACUGAGGAAGAAAGUUUCAGUCUUGCUACAGCUGGAAGUUUGAUACCUUCUGCUAGGACAGAUAAAGAACUGAAGAAACAUAGUUUCCAGUAUUCAGCCAUUAAAGCAUUAAUAUUUGUCAGACUUAGGCUUAGCAUUUUGCCAAAUUUCUUUAUUAAGAGUAGGUCAUUUAAUCUAUUCACUAAUUUUAAAUUAUUAUUUAGAAGUAAACUCAUUAAUGUCUACUAGCACUUUGUUAGGCUUCCUCUGUAGCUGCUUCAGCAUGUUAUGCUGAUCCCUGUUACUAAAGCCAAGGGCUAGAGAGUCAUGAAUGAAAGAUAUGCCAAUUUAUUAAGAUAAGAGAUGUUGCCGAUAACUACCCUUUCAACAGCAGCUACUAGUCUAUGAAAUAGCGUUGGCAGUAGGUGUGCUUCUCAUAGUUCCUUACUGAAGGCUAUAAGGAAGAAUUUAGCAGAAUGUGCCAGUGGACAGAGGUUCAUAAAUGAAAAUAGUUUGCUAGUAGACAAAGUUACUAGAGAGGUUGGAGGAAAAAAAAUCUACCUUUAUCUUUGGAGGACAACAGACUGGGAACCCUUAUGUUGCUACUACCCAUUGGUAAAUACAAUCUUUUAUCUGCUAGGACUAUCCACUUAGCAUCCUUAAUAUGCACUAAUAAAACAAAUCUGAAAAGCAAAAAUGUAGUAAGAGGUCAGAAUAUUGAUGUAAAAAUAAGACAAAUAGCACUUUCCUAUUCUAGGAAUGUGUCCAAAUCAGAUCUGGCUUUGGACUUGUAAUGCAAUGUAGAUUGAAGCUGAGAUUUAACAAUGGAAAUUAGAAUAUUUUUUUAUAUUUUUGUAACUACAGCUUUUUCAUGGGGUAGUAUUUGUAAUCUAGUAUGUCAAUAAAUUUUAUAUUUGCCUUGCAUUUGCACCUGAUACUCCUGGCAAAAAUGUAAAGGUUUACAGAUUUCUAAUGAUACUUCACAAGUGUCAGUGGCUUUUUGUUUUAAGUCAGGACAGCAAUUCUUACGCUUUUAAAUCAAAAUAUAACAGUAAACUAAGUUUUUUUCUAAACAUUCUAUUAUGGUGCCUUUUAUGUUUCAUCCAUUGUAAGGGAUAACACUUUGUUUUUGAUGCAUCACACAUGGAAGGGUGGUGAUUUCUAUUGUCCAUCCACAAUAUUUGUAUGUACUGUGAUAAGGUAAAUGUGCAUUUUUGUGGAACAAUCCUAUAAAGCUAAGAGGCUUAUUUUCAAUGCCUGAAAUAUUUCACUAAUAACAGACAAUCCUUACUUUUUCUAAUGCAUGCUUCUAGGUUUGGUUUUCCUACAGGUGCUCCUUACUAUGGUACUUUAGAUGUAUGAGACUUCAAAAUAAUAA